AUGAACAAACAAUUGGAGGAAGCAUCAACUACCAAUUCUGAACUAAUGACCGUCUAUCACUCUCAAAAACAUGAAUUUAAUUUAUUAAGCCAUGAAUAUGAAAUACUAACAUUCAAGACUUCACAAUAUGAUUCAAAGAUUCAAGAACUUGACCAAUUACAAGAUGAAAUCAAGACACUCAAAGCAGAGCUAAAUGAAAGAAAUGAGGACAAGAAAAAGAUACGAAUCUUGGAAGCGGAAUUGCAAAAGGCCAGUGAAUCUCUCCAAUCACAAGAAGUUCUCAAGGAAGCCAUCAAGGACUUUGAAUCUGAGUUGACCAAGUUGGAAGUUCUUCGAAUUGAAAAUAGUUCACUCGAGUCCAAGUUGUACAAUACUGAAUCACUUUUAAAGAGCUGGGAAAGUGCCUUCCCUAAUAAUACUCCAUCGGAUGUAAACUACAAUAUCAAGUUACAAGCCAAGAAAAUAACUCGCCUCGAAGAAACCAUUCAAGAAGUGAAUCAAGAAAAGUUUGACAUUGCCAAGCAUGUGGAACUUGAUGUCAUUGAAAAUAAUCGAUUCAGAUUGAGCAGUAUGUAUGCAGAAUCUCCAGAAGAUUAUCUCAUCUUUGAAAGUGAUGGAAAUGCCAUGAAACUCUUAAACUCUGAAUUUGCUUGUUCACUAGAGGAAAAAUCCAUGAGAUUUUUAAAGAAUUUCAGAUCCAUUCCUGGAUUUUUAUGUUCCAUUACUUUGGAUUUAUUCAACAAGCAAACCGUUUUCACCCAAUAA